AGAGUCGGCGCGUCGCGUUAUUCGUCCUUCUUCGCGCUUGACAGUCCUCUGUAUAUAUAGAUUAACUGCAUACGCGUACAUUGAUGGGCGGUAGGCGGGUAAUAGUAAAGUGAUAUUUCGGUGUUGACGCGCGAGUCAAUGUCCAAAGGAGAACGAAAGUUAGGAAGAUGCCAUGGCCUCCUCUGCGUCUCGCAAUGCCGAUGAAGAUUUGAAUGGAGAAACAGAAUCAGAGGCAAGCAGUAUUUAUCAAUCAGGAUCUGUUAUUUCUACGGUACCAGAUAGACAUGGAUUUCUUGGAGGUUCACAGUAUAGCCCGGAACGAAAACAAGGAAUACCCCCGGAGGUGAUAUUGAGAAGAGAACAAAAAUGGAUACAAAUGUUAAACAAUUGGUCAUCUUUUAUGACAGGAAAUUAUCGAAAAGUGAGAGAAAGAUGCAGGAAAGGAAUACCGCCGUCGGUGAGACUGAGAGCGUGGUUGAAUCUUUGUGGCGGUCAAUUGUUAAUGCAGGAAAAUCCAAAUCUUUACGAAGAGUUGAUAAAAAGAAGCGGAGAUCCAAAAUAUAUUGAAGAUAUAAAAAAAGACCUUCACAGACAAUUCCCACAUCAUGAGAUGUUUGUUGAUAACGCGCCUGGCCAACAGGAACUGUUCUUAGUAUUAAAAGCGUAUUCUAUUCUGAACAGUAAAGUUGGAUAUUGUCAAGCGCAAGCGCCAAUCGCAGCAUUCCUUCUCAUGCACAUGCCAGCUGUACAAUCCUUUUGGUGUCUUGUCGCUGUCUGUGACAAGUACCUUGUUGGUUAUUAUAGUCAAGGCAUGGAAACCUUGCAAAGAGACGGAGAUAUUUUGUUUGCUCUUUUGAAACGAGUCUCACCAAUCGCCUACAAACAUCUCAAAAAACAAAAAAUGGAUCCAAUUUUGUACAUGACUGAAUGGUUCCUAUGUGUAUAUACGCGGACAUUGCCAUGGGAAAGUAUACUUCGCGUCUGGGACAUGUUUCUCUGUGAGGGAGUCAAAGUUAUCUUCAAGGUUGCCCUCGUCUUGUUAAAAGGUUGUCUCGGACGUUCGUCAUUGACGAAACGUUGUCCUACGAUGUACGAAACUCUCCAAGUAUUAAGGAAUCCGCCCCAUCAUUUAGUCGAAGAAGAGGCUUUAGUUUAUCAGAUUCAGAGACUAAAUUUGAGUGAGGACGAUUUCGAGUAUGAACAUCAGCGACAAAUGCUCAAGAGAAAAGCCAAGGAUCAGAUGACCCAUUCCACUGCCAACGAGGCCGACUGAUGCUAAAUUUAAAGCAAAGAAACACAAAAAUAAAAAUAAAAACAAACGGCAGCUGGAGGAAAAGAAAAAUGAGCUUGGUUAAAAAAGGUGUGCCUUUUUCAUAGCUAUGCCAUUAAACCAUAUCAUUCGUUACGUGAAUGAAUUGAUGAAAAAGCGAGAGUCAACUAAAUUUUGCAAAUGUGGCUGAAGAGAGAAAGAGAUUAAUACCGUAUUUAAUGUGCAAAUGUCUCAACUAACUUCUAAGUUUGAAUGGAGAAAAAUUAUCUGUUUUCGUUUGUUUUUGUUAUUUUUUCAAUUAAAAAGUCGAACGCAUACAUUCCCCAUUGGAAAAGGGAAGCAACUUCCCGAGCGUGAUAACCCUCAAAUUUUUUUACGAUUUGUAGUACACACACGGCGGUUAUCACGGUGGAUGCACAAUCUUAGUGAAAAUAAUAAAUGAAAAAGAAACGUACAAUAUAUUAUUUAAUAUUAUAUUAUAAGGACUACUAAUCAGCAUAAAACUCUUUUGUCAAUAUUUAUGUACAAAAUAGCUCUUGUAUAACGGUACUGUAUUUUUAAAUAAAAAUUCUUAUGUAACAGUGUUA